UUAUGCAAAUUUAGGAAGUGUGGAUUUAAGCAUUGCUUGCAAAAACAUACCAAGUAAAACACAAAUAUACACGUAAACAGAUAUAGCUUAAAAUGUCGGACACUAUGCAGGCUGGACAGAAAACUCAACAGACACGAAAUGCUUACAUGCAGCUUUUCUCGGACACUUUCUCAGAUGAACUAGUCGGAAUGUAUGAGAAGGAUGGUAGCGCCGAUGCGAUGCAGCAUCUUAAGGAUUGCAUCGAAUGCGGUGUGUCGGUGUGGGGCUUUCCACUAGUUCUCCCUAACCCACUCGAAAACUAACAAAUGCUGUGGAUAAAUUUAAAAUAUUUUACACUGUACCACUCGACAUGCGAGUAAGCUAUGAAUUGUCAGAAAA